AUGUCCUCCCCACCCACCAAUCCCACCGACAUCCCCCGCCACAAAAUCCUCACCCAACACUGCCAAUUCUGCAACCACCUCUUACUAGCAACAACCCGCACCCUAAACUCCCUCCCCCGUCGAACCGGCGAAAGCAAAGACAAAGCCAUAAUCCUGCCUCUGGAAGCAACACUCCCCCAAGAAACCGAUGCCGAUACCGAUGCCUCCACAACAAAACACACAACCGUCCUCCUCUCAACAACAGUUCCCGACCGCCGCGCAACGCUAAUACGCCGCGAAGACGGGAUUGAGAAGAGAAUUCUAUUACGGUGUGGACGGUGUCGGGUUGUUGUGGGGUAUUAUCUUGAUAAAGUGCAUUGGGGCGGGCAAACAGCGAGCAAAGCGAAAGCCAACGUGGAAAUUGAAGAAGGGGAAGGGGACGGAGAGGGAGAGGGAGAAACAGCCGAAGAGGAGAGGCCGCCGGCUGUUUAUAUUUUGCCAGGGGCUGUUGUUGAGACGGGGGAGAUGGGGGAGAAGAGUGGGGGUGUUGGGGAGAUGGAGUGGAGGGUUUGGGCGGAGUAA